CUGUCAAGUAAAGUGAACCAGUCGGGCGAGUUUACGAGUUGUGUGGAGAAGUGUAUACCGCGGUCCUUCAGUGUCCAUUUUCUCGUUUUUAGUGAAAACUUCUGAGAGAAUCUGUACACUCUAGGAUAAUGGCGAGUGAAGAAAACAACGUUGCUGCUGAGACCAAGGAGGUCACAGAAUCGGCACCUGAAACCAAGACAGAAACGAAGGAAGCUUCGGAACAACCGGCGGCGCCUGCUGCCGAGUCACAGCCACCUAAGCCCGUCGUGCGCAAAACAAAUUAUGAAAAAGACAUUGUGUAUUUGUAUCAGUUUUCGCGUACACCGGUGGUUCCGUCACUCUCUCCCUAUUGUCUCAAAGUUGAAACCUGGCUGAGGCUUGCUGGGCUCAAAUACGAGAAUGUAGACCACAAGAUGAAAUACCGCUCAAAGAAAGGACAGCUGCCGUUUGUGGAGAUCAACGGAGAGGAGAUCGCUGACAGCAGUGUGAUCAUCAAGGAGUUGAGUCAACAGUUCACCAAGGACCUGGACAUCACUCUGGACAACAACCAGAAGAACAUCUCACACGCAAUGAUCUCCAUGAUUGAAAACCACUUGUUCUGGGUCGUGAUGUGGUGGAGGACGAAGCAAGCAGACAACAUCAUCAAGGGAUACAAAGUCAACUUGCAGCACGCUCUCGGCACCAGGAUACCAAAUGGAAUCUUAAAUUUCUUUUUCAAAUUCAGUUACGGCAGAAAGGUAUGCGAUGAUGGACUGAAAAAAGUCAAAGCGCAAGGCAUCGGUGUGCACAAACCAGAAGAAAUUGUAGAAUUUGGAAAGCAGGAUCUCAAAGUUCUCUCAGAUCUAUUAGCAGACAAACCUUUCUUCUUCGGGGAUGAACCAACAACGCUGGACGUAGUUGCGUUCGCUAACCUGGCGCAGAUCUACUUCGUUGACAAGGAAGUGUCAUUCCCUCUCCAAGACUACAUGCAGGAGUCUUGCGCCAACCUGGUGGGACUGGUCAACAGGAUGAAGGACAAGUGCUUCCCCGACUGGGAGGAUAUCUGCACCACGCUGGACCUAAACUCUCACCUUCCCAAACCUCCCCCAGAGGAGAAGGAUAAGGAAAAGGACAAGGGAAAGGAUGAAGAGAAGAAGGCGGAGAAAGAUGGAGAUGAUAAGGACAAGGAAAAUGAGAAGUCUGAGAAGGAGAUUGAAAAGGAAAAUGAAAAGGACAAAGAAACAGACGAGAACAAGGACAAAGAGAUAAAAAAGGAGAAAGAAGACAAGUGAACCAAGAGCCCAGAAAUCCCCGACCCACCCACGAACAAUUAGUGUAUAGCUUUUUAAGGUCAUUUUUAUUUUUUCUAUUAUGCAUUUAAUAUAUAGGACUUGUUGUGACCGUUAUGUUAGUGUGUAUUUAAAGAGAGAAGAUCUUUUUUAUUCCACCAACUGUAACUUAAAAUAUCCGUUAAUUUAACUUCAUUCCAUCGGAUUAAUGUAUUUUCUAUGUAUCGUUUUUAACUAUAGUAACUGCUUUUCUAUUGGCCAACUCCCGAACGCGGUCAUUUUUUGUACCUAUUUGUACAUACAAAUUAUUAUUAUUUAACGCAGUAUCGGAUUCAGGAAUUUAUAAAUGUUAAACCGGUUUCCAGGGAGCUGACCACUAGGAAACCGAGUUUAGUAGUAAAUGUAGACGGUAAGAUGUUUUAUAUCUAAACGGUAAGCUCAAAGCAAAACGGUCUGCUCACAGGUAGGUGGUGUCGGGACCGAUCGGACUCAUUCUCCGGUCUCCUGCUUUCUUUUAUACAUACUUUCUUCCCUUCUAAUUGUUUAAGCUGCUCUCGGAGCGUUCAGAUGUUUAUAUAGUAUAUAAAAGUUCUGUUUCCAUGACAAGCUUGUUUGAGUAGGUUAGCUUAGCUAGUUGUAUGUGUACAUCUACAGUUUUAUCCAUUUCGGUUAAGUGUGUAUCGAAAGGUUCUGUGUACCCUGUCCCGAAACAGACUGAGACGUGUAUUUAUUGUUUAGUUGCGCUGGCAAAAUUUCUUCUAAUUGGAUGGCAUUUUAACACAAACCAUAUCAACCAUUCCUUGUAUGCAAUUGUUUUAAAAUAUGACUGUAAUUUUGUUCAAAUUACCUUAAUUUAGAAUACUCGAGAUAUGUUUAUUAUUAUAUAAGUCUAUUUCAUAGUAUCUUUGAUAUUAUUGUAACUAUAUGGCUUCUAUUAUGCUUUGAAAGGAGCCGUACAAACACCUAAUAAAGGAAGAUCUUUAAGUAAGGCUGUCA